AUGGGUGACGUUGUGGACAUCUACCAGCGGGAGUUUCUCGCCCUCCGGGACCGACUGCACGCAGCUGAGCAGGAGAGCCUGAAGCGCUCGAAGGAGCUCAACCUGGUCCUGGAGGAGAUCAAGAGAGCGAUCUCAGAGAAGCAAGCCCUGCGGGAUAUAAACCGGACCUGGAGCAGCUUAUCUGACGAAACCAAGUUAAAACUGUGGAAUAUCACCAACAAGAAUGUGCUGCACCUUCCCACCAUCUUCCAUCAUUUGCCACAUUUGCUGUCAAAGGAGAACAGUCUGCAGCCAGCCGUGCAUGUGGGACAGGGGCGCACUGGAGUGUCUGUGGUGAUGGGAAUCCCCAGCGUGAAGCGGGAGGUGCAUUCCUACCUCACCGACACCCUCAACUCCCUCAUCUCAGAGCUCACUCAGCAGGAGAAGGAGGACUCUGUCAUCGUCGUCCUCAUCGCUGAGACGGAUCCACAGUACACAGCCGGAGUCGCAGAAAAUAUCAGAAACCUAUUCCCAAAGGAAAUACACUCAGGUCUCCUGGAGGUAAUUUCCCCAUCUCCGCAUUUCUAUCCUGAUUUCUCCCACCUGCGGGAAUCCUUUGGGGACCCCAAGGAAAGAGUCAGGUGGAGGACGAAGCAGAACCUCGACUACUGCUUUUUAAUGAUGUACGCCCAGUCCAAAGGCAUCUAUUACGUGCAGCUGGAGGAUGAUAUUGUGGCCAAACCAAACUAUCUCAGCACGAUGAAGAACUUUGCCUUGCAGCAGCCUUCCGAGGAGUGGAUGAUCCUGGAGUUUUCUCAGCUGGGGUUUAUCGGAAAAAUGUUCAAGUCUCUGGAUCUGAGCUUGAUCGUGGAGUUCAUCCUGAUGUUCUAUAAGGACAAACCCAUUGACUGGCUGCUGGAUCACAUCCUUUGGGUCAAAGUCUGCAACCCUGAGAAAGACGCAAAACACUGCGACAGGCAGAAGGCAAACCUGAGGAUCCGCUUCAAGCCCUCGCUCUUCCAGCACGUGGGAACCCACUCCUCCUUGGCCGGAAAGAUACAGAAGCUGAAGGAUAAGGACUUUGGCAAGCAGGCCCUGCGGAAAGAGCACGUCAACCCUCCUGCGGAGGUGAGCACCAGCCUGAAAACCUACCAGCACUUCACCUUGGAGAAGGCUUACCUGCGGGAGGACUUCUUCUGGGCCUUCACUCCCACUGCCGGAGACUUCAUCAGAUUCAGAUUCUUCAAACCACUCCGCAUUGAAAGGUUCUUCUUCCGCAGCGGGAACAUCGAGCACCCAGAAGACAAACUCUUCAAUACGACUGUGGAGGUUUUGCCAUUUGACAGCCUGCAGUCAGAUAAGGAAGCCUUGCAGGAGGGAAGAGGCGCAGUCGUCAAGUACCGCAGGACACCGGAUGGCUACAUCCAGAUAGGCUCCUUCUCCAAGGGUGUCGCAGAGGGCGAGGUGGACCCGUCCUUUGGACCGCUGGAGGCCAUCAGGCUGUCCAUCCAGACUGACUCCCCGGUGUGGAUCAUCCUGAGCGAGAUUUUUAUCAAAAAAGCGGAGUGA